AUGGCGCUUAUCGGCAACUCAAAAGAAGAUGUAGAGGAAAAACUGGAAUUGUGGCGUCAGACUCUAGAAUCGAAGGGAUUCAAACUUAGUAUAACAAAAACCGAGUAUCUGAAGUGCGAUCUCAGCGAUUCCGGGAGAGUUGAAGGGGACAUUCUGCUGGAUGGACAACCUGUACCAAGGAAAGAAUCGUUUCGUUAUCUGGGAUCGAUACUCCAAAGUAAUGAGGAUAUUCUCCAUCGAACCCAAUCUGGCUUGGGGAAAUGGUGUCUGGAUUCUGGCAUCCUUUGUGACCGCAAAGUGCCGCUAAAGCUUAAAGGUAAGUUUUACAAAUCCACGAUCAGGCCUUCCAUGCUAUACGGUGCGGAAUGUUGGGCGAUAAACAGCCGGGACACUUUGAGACUGAAGAGUACCGAGAUGCGGAUGCUGAGGUGGGCUUGGACAUACGAGGCACGACCGUAUCAGGAAUGA